CCCAACUUCACUUCAGAACUGUGAAGUACCGCUUUUUGGCACAGACAACGCAAAGCUUGGGAGAGGGUUUUAGCUGCAGGAGUUUGUAAGGAACAAGAAAGUUGAUGUUUUUCUUCGGUAAACAAAGCCGCUGACGUCAUUUCUACGGGUUGCGAUUGUGUCAGGUGUUAGCGCAUCAAGGUUCACAACAGUUGAGAGGCUCAUCUUUAUCUGUGAUCUUGUCAACCGUAAGACUUUGGCGAAAGAAUCCGUUGGCACAGAGGCAUUCGCUUUAUGAGGGGUGCUAUUUUUAAAGUGGCUUUAAAUCUUAACCAGCAACUUUGACAAGGUCUUUUUAAAGAGUCAUUUUCAUUCAUGAAUUAAAAUCUACUAAACGGUUAGUGUGGAAACCAGUAAAACAUCUGCAAUGAGUUUAGAAGAUCCUAACUCGGAACUGACGAUGGAGAGCAGGAACAGCCUCAACGGAAGCAGAGACAGGCUUGGACUGAGCUUCACUAUUGACUACCUUCUGUUCAAUAGCGGAGUCAAAGGUUCGAAAGGAGAAGUGACGGCAAGUAGCGUGGCAGAGCAGACGGAGAACAAUAUGCUAAAUGAUCAGAAUCCUGAACUUAGAGAGGUGGACAUUCGCCAUGAUGUACAGGGGAUGCGUCCACAGGAGCUGGACAGUGGGAGAAGUAAAACCAGUGAAGAGGAGUGGAACAAAGAACAACAUGAGGAGGGAGAGGAGGAAGUGACCACCACCACAACGCCUACAAACUGUAGUUCUGAGAAACCUUCAGACAAACCAAACCAGUCGUACAUCGCGCUCAUCUCAAAGGCAAUCCUGGCGUCUGAGGAAAAGAAGCUGCUGUUGUGUGACAUCUACCAGUGGAUCAUGGACCAUUACCCUUACUUCAAGAGUAAGGAUAAAAACUGGAGAAACAGCGUGCGCCACAACCUGUCCCUCAACGACUGCUUCAUCAAAGCAGGUCGAAGUGACAAUGGCAAAGGCCACUUCUGGGCGAUCCACCCUGCAAACUACCCAGAUUUUUCAAAAGGGGACUACCACUGCCGUAGGGCGCGGAGGAGGGUGCGGAGGGUGGCGGGACAGAUUCGUCUUUCCUCCCUGACCUCUCCUUACCACCCUGCCACCGCUCUUGCCCUCCCUCACAGAAUGACCUGUUGGUGGUGCCCUCAGGUCCCAACACAUUCUCUGUCCUGUUUGGCACCCAGGUUCUACUGGCCAUGGUCCAGCAUGCAGCCACAAGUGGGGCUCCAUCUGGGCCUCAAUCCCUCUGUACCCUGAAAGGGUUUAAGUCCUACCAUGUUUGCAAUUUGGUCGGAGUCUUCCUAAAAUGUGGUAAGAGGGAAAACUCUAGAAUAUAAUUUGAUGUUAUUCAUAUCAUUAGAAGAUUCAGGUAUAUAUUAUAUCCUUAAUUUUGAAAAAAUUGGUGAAUACAUAGAAACUUCCACUAUUUCAAAGCUCCUGCAUUUCACUAACAUGUAUUCGGGUAUUAGAAAAUUUUGUCAUAACCUUAU